UUGGCGCGUGGCGCUCGAACAGAAGUCAUUUGGGGGAUUAUUUUUGGCCGAGGUGUUAAAUACUAUAUAAGUGGUGCCACGGAUGGCUAAUCAUCAACAGUCAACCGACUAGCACAAAAGUGUGAUAACCCCAGAGCUUAAGUUCAACACACAAAACAGUAUAUCAAGAUGUUCCGCAUUAUCGCUGUGAUCUUCGCCCUCUUCGCGGUUGCCUGCGCUGCUCCCAGCUACAUUGAGCCAUCUUACGGAGUGGUUCCUGUGGCCCACGUGGUUCCCGUGGUGAAGCAUGUUCCCGUGAUCAAGGAAGUUCCGGUGGUGAAGCACGUACCGGUGGUGCAGCACGUUCCAGUGGUGAAGCACGUCCCUGUGGUGCAGCAUGUGCCCGUGCUGAAGUCCUACGCCGUCCCCACCUACGGACACCACAUCUACCACGGUUAGAACUGAAGAGAGCAUCCCUGACUUCGACUCGACAUUAAUACACCAAUAAACAAACUACAAAGAAUA